AUGGUGGCAGAGUGGGGACCUCGCCACCUCUGCCGAGCUAUACAGAGCCCUCCGCGGUGUUUCUGGGAAGGCCCAAGUUGCCUUGACCCAGUUUUGAAAGAAGAGAGAAGCUCUGAAAGCUGUAAGAACAUCCCGUCAAUGACUAAUACCUCCCCUGCGAGAUACAGAGCCAUCCGCGGUGUUUCUGGGAAGACCCAAGGUGACUAG